AUGGCUCUCCAGGACAUCAAAGAGGAGGAAACAGACCUGGCCAGCGACGCCCACGUCGAGGCCGUAGCGGCCUCGCCCGUGGACACUUUGCCCGGCUCCCCAGGCCCCCCGCUGGGCGCCCAGCUCGCGCCGAUGGAUAUCGUCUUCGACGACGGGGCCGGGAGGGACGACGAUGGCGACGACCUGUCCUCCAUCGCGCCUCCACAUCCGUUUGCCUCGUCUCAAGAGGCGCUCCUGCCACCUUUGCCCCAGGACCACACGGUGCUGAUGUCGCCGGUGGCCUCGGACCCCCAGGAACCGGCUGGAAUACUACAAGAAACUGCCAUGGACGGCGACACAGGCUCGCUGGCUGCGGGCAUGACCAGUUCCAGGAGCACCAGUGCCGCCAGCGUUACCACCCCGACUUCCCACGGCCUGGCCGUGGCGCGUCGCGCGCUAUCGGGAUCGCCACUGGCUUCUCUCAGGCACUCUCCCAGCUCCACGCACGAAACGACUGCGAGUGUUACCGAGCCACCGAAGCAUGCAGCUCACAAGCUGUCCUCCACGUCUUUCGACAUUUCCAGCGCUUUGGAGAUUCCUCACAACUCCGAGCCCGACUCCUCCUUCGAUCUUUCAAAAGCGCUCGAGAUACCCAAUGAUUCAGCGGCGACUGCUGUCAACACAAACGCCAACACACCGACUACUAGCAACGUCACGUCGUUGGCCACUGCAGCGCUUGCUCCUCAUAUUACUUCUCCCAAGCUUUCACUGAAAAAAAAGUUCUCAUCUACACUAUUACCUACCGCAAGCGCAUCUACUCCUACCGUGUCUAACCCUACAGUGGACAUCUCGUCACGAAUUGGAAGCGCUCCCGACUUCUCGAUACAGCACAUUCAACGUCACAGUUCCGUACGAUCGAGAACCACCACGCCGGAUAUCCCGAGACUGAGUUCCAAUAUAGAUCUUCGUCAGGGACUAGGCAUUGAGCACUCCAAUUUGGACUCCUCGACGUCCGCUGUCAAUACCAACAGGGUGCUACUUCGUAAAUUUAGUGUUGGAAGUAGCAGCAGCUCCUCCCGUUCUUUCCAUGAAAACGAUGAAAACGUUGCUUUCAAGCCUCCUCCAAACUUUACGUUAGAUACAAACUCGUCAUCUAGUUUGCACGAUUUGAAAUCUCCGCGUUCGUCUUUGAAUUACGCCGAAGCUGCCAAUAUUCAAAACAAAAAAAUCCCCCUCUUAAAGAGAGCAUCCAGUGCCAUUUUAAGAAAGGCCUCCAUGACCAAGAAGGCACCUUCAUCUCCUAGCACCACAAACCCAUCGAAUUACUACGACCUUCGGCAUACGGCAUCCUUUUCAACUAUUCCGUACGAUACAAAAGAUUCCGAUUUACGUGGUACCUCCACCGACCAAGAUAAAGUUAGAUCCAUGAGCGCCAGAAAUACCAAGAAGCUAUCGCUUAGGACCAAGAGUAAUUACGUUUCACCACGCUGCAUAAGUAAUCCUGAGGGAUUACAUCAUGUCUCUUCAUUGCCAACUCCUCCGAUCGGGUCGAGUUUUUGCGCUACCCCCGAGACUCAAUCGUUUGGUUCCAAGUUCAAGAACGGAUUAACAAGAAUCAUCGGUGUGAAUGGCUCUGAUAGAUCUUUCAAAUCUGCAAAUGGUAACCAAAAUAGCAUUUUGACCACCCAAGGAAAACCUUCUGACGGUGACCAUGCCGCAGAUUCGAUUUUGGCAGAUAUCCCUUCUCCCGCUCAAUUAAAUAAUUUGAACGGUUUGAAUUCGCUUGAUGAUCAAAAAGAUGAUCAAAAAGAUGAAUUUUUUCCACCCAGGUCUGCGUUAUCGACCAGAGAAUCUUCCAAUAGUGCUAUCCCACAACAAAACACGUCCGACAACGAUCAGUUGAACAAAAGAGGUCAACUGACUAAAAGAAGUACUGCCCCGAGUAUGGGCAGUGUUAAUACGGCCAAGGUUGACAGCGUCUUUAGUGGCGAUAGUGACGAGUCUUUAGGUGAAGGUUCCGAAAGUGAUGAAUUAACCGUUGACAUCGAUGAAUUGACAAAAGCACUACCGACGAUCACCAUUACCGAGAAGCUUGGCGCUCGAAACGUUACGCCCAUUCAAACUCAGUCCAACCUGCUGCUAGAUUUGAUCUACAAAGAAAGCUCGGGGUACAGAUUUUUCUCUUCGCAACGCAAAGGCGGCGACGAGAAGCCUGGUAAAAUCUCUUUGAAGGAAUACAUUGAUGUUUUGAUCAAGCAGCAACGGAUCGAAGAUGAGAGACUUGCGGUUUUAGAGCACAAAUUUGCGAACAACGGCUGGUGUUCGCAAGAUGAUCUGUACAACAUUCAACAGAAGCGUAUUAUCAUCAAUAAAAAAUGGGCAGAGCGGAUAUCUUACUAUCAGGGUCGGCUUGACGCAUGA